AUGGACGGCCACCACUCGCCCUGGAAUUCCGGUCAAGUUUUCUUUGCUUCUGACGAGGAUUCCGACCUAUUACUGCCGUCUAAAGCAUCGCUUUCCGGCUCUGAAGGCAACCACGGUUCUUCUGAGCAAGAUUCCGACCAUGUAUCAUCGCUGCACACUGCAAGUUCAAAAAGGAAGAGACAACUGGACUUGGAGAGUACACCCGAAGUAGUUGAGUAUGAUGAAACAUCUGGCAGUGAUGAAGACACGAUAUGCCUGGAGAGUAUAAUCGAAGAAGUUGAGUUUUCUGAAACACCUGGCAGUGAUCAUCCGCUUCCGCCACAGAACGAACCCGAAGACGAAGGACUCUUGGCGGCCUUGUCGGAAUUUUCAGCAGAUGGAGUCCUCUUGAGGAGGCAAACCAGAUGGAGGCGGCUUGUUGAUAACGUCCUUUGCCCAUAUUUUCUCGGCGAUAAACUUUCGUCAACCGAUUUCGAGUCUCAGGAAAUAUGGCGCGACUAUUACUUCGUGAUGGAGUGCUUUUUCGACAAAAUCCACGAAAUAUACACGCCGGGAGAUGUCAUCAUGGUUCAUGAUUAUCAUCUGAUGAUGCUGCCUCGCCUUCUUCGACGACGCUUGCCGGACGCAAAUGUCACAUUUUCCAUGCACACUCCCUGCCGUCGUAUACUUGAGAUGCCAGGGCGGCUCGGAGAAUUCGUUGAAGGUAUCCUUGGAUCGAAUAUCAUCACCUUUCUGGAGCCCCAAGACACGGUGGAUUUCAGUAGUUGGUGUGAACAGAAAUCCUCAGAUCGGCCAUCAUACUGGGCAACUCGAGCUAUGGAUUCAUGCUACAGUCUUCCAAUGGGGAUUCAUGUAUCCGGCAUCCUAUCAGUUGCACAAAGCGAAGCAGUCAGCGAACGGUGCGAGACUCUAAGAAGAGCUUUCCAAAACAGAGCGCUUAUCUUUUCGUACGGCACGCCUAGCAGCCAGGCGGAGAUGAGAGAAGUAUCGAGAGGAUACUCUCGAUUGCUGGAACAGGUGGCCUGGUGGGGGGAAUCCGCCAUCUUAUUACAAGUACCUAUAUACGAUGCAGCCAUUUUCUCCUUUGCUCCCGGCGGUCCCAUGACGGCAGCCCUAGAGUAUUUUGUUUGCCAGCCGACAGGCAAUAAACGCCCCAUUGUCUCAGAUGUAAAUCCGAUUCUUUAUCAGGCUCCGGGGGUGGUCCCAUAUCGCCGGGGAGAUUAUGACAGCAUCGCGAGUGCAAUCGACUAUACCUUGCGGCUACCUGGCGGGCUAUGGAUGGGGACACCUGGGACACCUCGCCUCGAGGACUACGAUGUGAGCAUUUUCUACACUGCGGAGUGGUGGACGACAUUUGUCUUGCGCCUUCUCAUGGAGAAGCUGCUGCGUGGCUGCGGUGGAGGAGACUCUAUGGGAAGCUACGAUGACUGUGGUGAAGGAGGCGAUGAUGAAGACUCUACUGAGGGUGAGAAAGGGGGAAAGGGGGGGAAUGAUGGAGAAGAAGACGGAGAAGAAGGAGGCACAGAAGCAGAGGGAUCUGAAGAUGGUCAAGUGACGCCAGUUGAGAGGAUGAGGACGCACUCAGUGGAAUUGGAAAGAAUGGGAUCUCAUCGGCAAUGA